UUAGGGAUUUUAGUCGAUUCAAAUUUCAAAUCCCCAAUUUGAAGGGUUCGAAAAGUAAUUUCAAACUCAGCUAUUCCCACAAUUAAAACCCCAAACCAACUUCCAUAUUCCGACCUUACUAUGGCUUCUGCCACCGUCGAUUCCGCCGCCGCGAGCACCGCAGACGGUGGCCUACUUCGAUUGGAUUCAAUUCCCAUCGUGGAUCUCCGCCUACUCUCCCAAUCGGAGCUUUAUUCCCUCUCCCGCUGCUCUUCAUCCGCCUCCGACCCCAACCGCCGCGACGACGUCGUCAUCCCAAUUAUCGACCGCUCCGUCUUCAACGAGUCCGCCGGCUCCCGGAAGCAGACCUACUCCCGCCUCCGCCUCGCCCCCACUGACUCCUCGUCCGCCACCCCUCGCUGCCGCACGCCCCAUCUCCGCUCCACCGCUGCCGUCUAUGGCGCCACCAACAGUAAAUCCGAUCCGGAAAACGCCGAGAAUCACCAAAUCAUCAAUCUCCUGAAGCAAUUCUUCGUCGCGGACAUGAACCCCGCGGAUUUAUUCCCGGUGAAGAUAGAGUACUUGAAUUCGCUACCGGUGCAGCAAUUUUUGUCCCCGCCGUCGCCGUCCCCGUCUAAUGCGCCCCCGCCAGUACUCAAACGGAAACGUGGCCGGCCCCGCAGGACCGAUUAUUUAGGGAAUGUGGGGGAUUUGGCUGUGGAGGUUAGUGUUAUUGAUGCCAGUUAUAUGGAUAGGUUGCAAUUGCCAAUGCCAAUGCCAAUGCCAAUCCCAAUGCCAAUUCCAUCGCUGAAUGAGUUCGUUCCGCGCGACAAUGGGGAGGAUAAAGACAGAGAAGUGUUGAAUAGCGACGGAGUGGCCGUCGAUUUGGCGGCAUUGGGCGCUUCGGAACAUCCUUAUUGGGAGGAGAUUAGGCGCAGGACUGACGGAUUGCAAACAGAAGAGGAACUGUUAGGGUUUUUGACAGGACUGAAUGGAAGGUGGGGAAGUAGGAGGAAGAAGAAGAGGAUCGUAGAUGCUAAUGAGUUCGGGUCUAAGCUGCCGGAUGGUUGGAAGCUUUUACUCUCGGUGAAGAAGAAAAAUGGCCAUGUAUGGCUGUAUUGCCGUCGCUACAUAAGCCCCAGUGGACUGCAUUUUGUUUCAUGCAAGGGAGUAUCAUCAUAUUUGCUCUCUCUUCAUGGCAUGCAAGAUACAAAUCCAUACGGCUUUGGCCAAUAUAAUGAUAUUGUCAAUGAUGCUGAUAAAUUGACUACUGUCCCUGUCACUGUACAAGAUCAUGAAGCAGAGAACUUCUCCCAUGCAUCAUCACCUCCUUUGGAUUUGGUAACUGGUAAUCAUGAGAUCCAAGUUGAUGUAAGUAUGGGGAAUGCUUCGGAGGUUAGAAUAGGAGAGAGUCUAUGUUGCCACAAAUGCAAUAUAACUUUCAGUGACAAAGAUGAAUUCUUGCACCACCAAUCAUCACUUCACCGGAAAAACAAGAACAAAAAUGUCGUUCGCAUUACUGAUGGAGUGAUAAUUAAGGAUGGAAAAUAUGAGUGCCAAUUCUGUCACAAGACAUUUAGUGAACGGCAUCGGUACAAUGGUCAUGUCGGUACCCAUGUGAGAUUCCAACCUAAGAUUGCUGGAGAAUUAUCUCAGUCUGUUUAUCCCACUUCUAUAAAUGAAUUUCCUACUCAAGAUAAUGUAAUGGAAGGAUCAUCAAAGUUUCAUAAUGCUAUGGAGAUUUGUAACUCUAUCACAAAUAAUGGGCCAAAUAUUUGCUCAUACGGUGAUAAAGCUGAUGGUCAUUCCGGAGAUUUAGAAGAUGCUAAUCGGAACAUUAGAGGGAUGGAUAAAGCUACUGAGAUAGUCACUGAAACAAAUCAUUGUUCAGUUCCUGAUGUUCUCUUCUCUAGCGAUCAGAAUAAAAGUUUGCAUGAGGAUGCAUGUCUGAAUGAUUCUGCUGCUGAAAUAAGUAAAGAUGGUUCCAUUAUGCAAGGGGGAGUGAUGAUGGAAUCAACUUUGUCUCAAAAUGGCACUGCAGAUAGUGAUAUGAACAGCAGUGUGAUUGAGAAUUCUGUAUCUACUGAUAACCCCGUGCAAGUUAUGGUAUCUUCAAGUUGUUUAUUAGAUUCUAAUGAUCAUGUGGAAGAAUGUCCUCUGGUGAAUGAUAAUCAGCAUAGAAGUGUUGAUCAUAGCAAUCAAAAGACGAUGGAGCUCAACUUUGAUUCUCAGAAGCUUGCAGUGAAUGAGUCUGUGUUCGAUCUUUUUGGUACUCAAGGUGAAGGAGUCCAGGAAAAGGAUUUAGCAGUUAGUAUUAUGGAAAAGAGUGAUUUGGAAUACAUGCCUUGUAAGAACAUUGGUACCACCGAGUGUAUAUCAGUUUCUGGAUCAGAGGCCUCUAAACUUGAGAAAGGUCCUAAUAUCAGUAUGACCAUACCUGAUGGGGAGAAGGCAUGUCGAGAAGACAAUGUUUCCUACUCUACAGUUAAAUGCAAAGUCGGUGAAACACUCAGUAUCGGUAAAUGUGAGAAUGAGAGUUCCAAGAACAGGUACGAGGAAAUGCAAUAUGGAAUGGCUUCAGUUAUUCAGUCUUGGAAUGAGCAAGAAAAUGCAACCAAAAAAGAUGAGUUAAAAGAUGAUACCGAUGUAUUCACUCAUCUUUUGGAGGUGCCGGGGGUGCAGGACAUGUCUAAAAGCCAGUUAGUUGCUGAUGAUAAAAACACAUAUCAUUAUGAAAAUAAUGACGUUGGAGUUCAUGGAAGGGAGACAAAAAUGACCGAAUUUGAUAGUCUCCAAAAUUUUGGGAGUGGUCAAUCUAGUGAUCUUUUCAGCAGCAGCUCUGCUAUAAUAAGUUCCAAUUCCAUUACAGGAACUAAGCAGGAUACACGACUUAGAGUGUGCUCUCCUUUUACAUCUACAACUGAUAAGCCGUUAUCUGCAGAAGAUAAUAUGAUUACGAUGUUCAAUGAUACCUUGGAAGAGCGCAGACAAGAUCCAUCUGAAGGUAUAUUACUCAAUCAAUCUGGUAUUUCAGAAAUAUCAAAUGAGGCGUUUACAUUGAAUAAGAUUUACACUACCCCUGCUAAUCCUUCUGAACUCAAUGGAAUUGAAAAUGCUGGGAAACAUGAGCUAAGCCUCUCCUUUGGUAGUCUUCAGACAGAUAUGUGUGCAGAGUCGAAUAGGGUUGAACAGGAAAGCUAUCAAGCAAAUAGCUUUAACAUCGAAUCUGUUGGCCCUAAAACAUAUGGUGAUCCAACACAUUCAAGUAUCCUAAGUAGUAACAUAGCUUCUGACCUGGAACAAGUCAGACCUUUUGGAUAUUCUAAUAUAUCCUUCAGUGACACAACAAACGAACCUGGCAGUAGUUUUGAUGUGGCUCACCCUGAAAGGGACUGGGACGGGAUCAGAGGAAACAAGGUAAGAACUUCUAGCCAGAACUUUAUGGUUGGUUUCGGGAAUAGCAGCUUGCCAAGCAAUGAGUGUGCUACAGCUGAUGGUUCUUGGCGAACCGGUCAUGAUAAUGUAUUUGGUGGUUGUUAUGAUGCUAAUUCAGGCCCACAUAUUCCAUCAAGUUUUUUUCCCACUUUCGGCCUCGCACCAAAUAAGGGACAAGAAAGCUCAUUUGGUGUGGAUCACAACUUCGGUAUUCAAAGUGGCAUGAUGAGGCCAGGUAGAGCCCAACCCGUGGAAUACAGUUUCAUGGGUGAACGUGUAAACUCGUUACCUGGAGAUGCCAAGAAUUUUCCAUAUGGUAAUAAUGUGGAACAAGAGAUGGAUCCCUCAUUUUGGCUGGGGAAGGAUGCUUUAACGCCAAAUGCAUCCCGUGCCAGUCAGGCUACGUCUAUUUGUGUUUGGUGCAGAAACGUAUUCUUUCAUGAGCAAGUUCAAGCGGGAAUACAAACAGGUGCAAUUGGCACUAUUUGUCCAUCCUGCAGUUCGAGCCCAGGACAGUUCAAUGUGCUCUAGAGCUCCGUGCUCCCCUCUGGCUCCGCCUUCCUCGGACGAUUUUUUUUUCAACUCCAACAAUAAUCCAGGCCAAUAGGUAACCUAUUCGUUGCGGGAUUAUUCUUGAAUUAUAGAAAGAUUUUUAGAAUUUGAUUAGUUUUAGAAUGCAUAGGUAGAUAUGGCUGUACAUGGAUUUUUUUGAUAGAUUGUAGAUGGAUUUUUUUCAUCAAUUCAUUUCAUGAACUUCUGGUUGAACUAUAAAGAGUUUAGUUUCAUUUUAAA